AUGCCAUGCUAUGUUGAAGGUCACUUCGGGUCAGUGGUGGCCUCCUACUUCGUGUUCCUGCGAUGGCUGAUCUGGAUUAAUAUAUGGCUCACCUUCUUGCCGCUCUGCUUCGUCAUCAUUCCAGAGCUUAUCGUGGGCGUCCCCCACGGUAACAUGACGAGGAAGACGGUGCCGGCAGAGGAGGAGGCCAAAUCAGCCGAUCUCAAGACAAUCUGGGACGCUGAGGGCAUACUCAAGUAUUCGGUCGUGUUUUAUGGUUACUAUGGUAACACUGAUACAAUUGGAAGCGGAUAUCGUCUGCCGCUGGCUUACCUCUUGACAUGUUUCAUGUCGUUUGCCCUCAGCUUCAUCUUUGUGCUGAAAACGAUGGCAUCCAACUCCCGCCAAAGUCGAAUGUCGACCAAAGACGAACAUUUCACUUUCUCGUGGAAACUGUUUACUGAGUGGGACUACAUGAUCGGAAACAAGGAAACUGCCAACACGAAACACGCGUCUCUUGUCACAACAAUCAGGGAAGCUAUAUUGGAGGAAGAGGAGAAGACAAAAGAAGGAAACAAGCACCUGCUGCUGUUCCUGAGGGUGCUGGCCAAUGUCCUGGUGUUGAUGUCCUUAGCUCUCAGUGCCUACAUCAUCCAGCUGUUCGUGGACAGGUCGCGGAAGAUGGAGCUCCAGAAGCGACAGGACAAGAACUUCGUGGCCGGAUUCUGGGCGGAGAAUGAGCUGACGGUGAUAAUGACCCUGAUAUCCACCCUGUUCCCCAACAUCUCUGACCUGAUAUCAAUGAUGGAGAAGUACCACCCCAGGAUCAACCUCCGUCUCCAGCUCGCCAGGAUCUUCGCCCUCAACCUCCUCAAUCUCUACACCCUCUUUAUCGCCCUCUACAACAAACAAGAUGACUUGAAAAAACAGAUCCAGUCUGAGAGGGCGGCACGUCUGGCCAGCCUCGGUAACGACACCGUCCUGUGUUCCGACAUCAGCACAACGGUGCCUACAGUCUCCGAGUCACCAGUAGGACGCCAGAAUUGUACAGUCAUAGAGGAAACCUCUGACCUCUGCUGGGAAACAAUGAUAGGCCAGGAAGUUUUCAAGCUGACGGUCAUGGAUCUCAUUUUCACCAUGGGGCAAAUCAUCAUCAUCGACUUCAUUCGCGGCGUCUUCAUCCGCUACUGCAACAAUAUCUGCUGCUGGGACAUGGAGAAGAAGUUUCCAGAAUAUCCGGACUUUAAGACGGCCGAGAACCUUCUUCACUUGAUUAACAACCAAGGAGUAAUAUGGCUCGGUACUUUCUUUGCGCCCGGACUUCCGGUUUUGAACAUGUUCAAGCUGAUGAUCAUGGUGUAUGUCCGUUGUUGGUCAGUCAUGGUGUGUAAUGUACCGCAGGAGCGGAUAUUCCGAGCCUCGCGUUCCAACAACUUCUACUACGCACUACUUCUCGUCAUGUUGUUUCUGUGUAUGCUUCCGCCGUUGUUCGCUAUCGUGGGCGUGGAGCCGUCACCCAGAUGUGGGCCAUUCAGUGGUCAAAGCACGAUGUACCAAGUCCUGGGGGACGCCAUGCAGAGCGGGCUACCGCCAGCCGUCAACUCUAUCCUGGAAUACGCCGCCUCCCCUGGCGUCAUCAUCCCCGUCUUCCUCCUGCUGCUGAUGACGAUAUACUACCUGGUGUCUGUGGGACGGUCCCUCAGGGAGUCGAACAACGACCUGCGCAUGCAGUUGGAAUAUGAAAGGACGGAAGGUAGAAGGAAAGUCUACGCUAUGGCAGAUGCAAAACGUGGCACUGAGGGUGAUGGAUUAAUUCAGAGGAAAGGACCAGCAGUGGCUCCAAAACCUAAGGCCAAGAAGAAGGACAUGACGAAUGCAGUAUCAUCAGUACUGACAGCAGCUCGGUUGGCCAAGAUGAUGUCAGGAGGUGCCGAUCCCCCCAAGGUGAUCACUGCAUCUCCAUCCCCAGACCGACACAAGAUCCCUGUUGCAGUAGUUCACGGGAAGAGGUCGGUGAAAGAGAGGGCCAUCAAAGAGAAACUUGUCAGGGACACUGUCCGUAGCCAGAAGCGGCAACUGGCCAAGUAUAAUCGAGGCUAUGACCCAGCAGGUGACGAUGAAGAGACUCAACGAUCACAGGGUGAUCUGACAAAUGGGGUGCUAAAGGCUCUUGUAACCAAAUCAAAGAAAAAACGGCCACAAGGAAGGACACCCACCACGAACACAGUGCAACAAAACAUAGAAGUUGACGAAUCAUCUGAUGACCCAGAGGUUAGUCCAAGAUCACUGCAAGAAAGCAGGACGAAAUCUGAUGAGAAAUUAGUUCCCAAUAGGAAACACAGCAAGAACAUCCUUGCUCAGCCCAAGGAGAGACGAUCAAGAAGCUCCAGCAAGGAAGGCCGUGAAAGGAAGAGCAGAAGCAACACCUCUAUUGCGAUUGUCAAUGAAACUGUGCAGGCAGAGGUCAACAUGUGUCCACCUAGCAAUGUGAAAAAGACCUCAUCUAAAACUAAUACGAGGCAGUCCAGAUCUCAGGACAAUAUAAAGCCAGCAAGAUCUAGAGAUAAUGUGAAACUGUCGAAUUCUAGGAACAAUUUGAGUUCAAAAAGGAGUGAGACAAAAGCCAUUCCGAAGAUUACAGUUGAGGACUGUAGUGAUGACAAUACUAAUAGUAAAAGGUUAGCUGGGCAAGACAGUUCCGAUUCGGAAAGCUCCAGCAGUAGUGAGGACAACAGUAUCAACCAGGACAAUCUCAAUCUCUCUUUUGCCUCCGAGAAUAUGUCGGAUAGCAGAUCUUCAGAGAUUGACACAUCUAAGCAGAAAUUUGCAAGCCUUCUGUCAUUUUUCAAAGAGUCUGAAAGUGAUGGCGGUAGCUCAGACGACCAAAACAGUCCUGAUGCCAUAGCAGCCCGAAAUAGGUUUGCAUCCGCUUUUGCUCGGUUCACUAAGAAGUAGAAGCAACUCUCUCUGAACUAUGAAAUAGGGCAAACAAACAAAUUAUGGAGUAACUCCAUUAUGGGUUUCAUAAAAA